CACGUGACCUGUGUUUACAUCCUCUCCUCAGCUGUUUCUUUCUUCUCUUCACUUCACUUCGACACAGCGGCUCUCUCUCCGUCACUAACUCACUUCACCUCGUCACUAGGAGACCAGCUAACUACACUUAGCAACCAGCCGUUAAAACCAGUACAAGGAGGCUGCUAACGUCUGGAAGAACCAACUGACCAACCGUCGCAUUGCACACUUACAUCCAGUUAACAACAAGGUGCGAGUUAAUGCGACACGGCAUUGUCACUUGCUGCCUGGACAUGACCGUAGUCUGAGCCGACGCUUGAGGAGUCACAGCGGCAGCAUCGUUCAGGUCAGCUGUUCAUCUCCAUGCCAGUCUGAGGAGGAAUUGCUCAUCCUGAGUACGAGUUCGGCCCCUGUGUUUCUCUUCUCUUUUCACCAUGGGGGGAGCCGUGAGCGCUGGGGAGGACAAUGACGACCUCAUUGAUAAUCUGAAGGAGGCCCAGUAUAUUCGCACAGAAAAGGUGGAACAGGCUUUUCGGGCCAUAGACCGCGGUGACUACUAUCUGGAUGGCUACCGGGACAGUGCCUACAAAGACUUGGCGUGGAAGCAUGGCAACAUCCACCUGUCUGCUCCGUGUAUAUACUCUGAGGUGAUGGAGGCCCUCAAACUGCAGCCAGGACUUUCUUUCCUCAAUCUGGGCAGUGGGACUGGCUACCUGAGCACAAUGGUUGGCCUUAUCAUAGGGCCGUUUGGUGUGAACCACGGAGUUGAGCUCCAUAAGGACGUGGUUGAAUAUGCCAGAGAGAAACUGGAUGAUUUCAUAAAGAAUAGUGACAGCUUUGAUAAGUUUGAGUUCUGUGAACCCGUCUUCGUGGUGGGGAAUUGCCUAGAAAUCUCAGCAGACAGUCACCAAUACGAUCGCAUCUACUGCGGCGCAGGAGUGCAGAAAGACCAUGAAAAUUACAUGAAAGUACUGCUGAAAAUUGGAGGCAUUCUGGUGAUGCCUAUAGAGGAUCAACUGACCCAGAUAACCAGGACUGGCCAGUGCACAUGGGAGAGCAAAAACAUCUUGGCGGUGUCCUUUGCCCCCUUGGUCCAGCAGAGCAGAGCUGAUGGAGAGAAGCCCGAUGCUGUCCAGCUGCCCCCGGUGACCGUCCGCAGCCUUCAGGAUCUGUCUCGGAUCUACAUACGCCGCACGCUGAGGAACCUGGCCAACGAGGACAGUCAGGGGAAAGGGAUGGUGCAAAGAGUUCCCCAGAAGCGCAAACGCAGGCGCUGCCGACGGCGACGCAUCAACACCUACGUUUUUGUAGGCAACCAGCUGAUCCCCCAAAUGGUGGAAUGCGAGGAGGAGGAGCACGCCGAGGAGGAACACAAGGAGGUGGAGGAGGAGGAGGAAAGAGACGUUGGAGACAUUGAAAUCCUCAAGCAAGUGAACGUGUUGAGAGACCAAAUAAUGGCUUUGCCGCUGCCCGAGUCACUGAAAGCAUAUUUGCUGUAUUACAGAGAGAAAUGACUGAUAUCCACUCUUAAUGGGCGCAGCAGCGCCUGCUGAAACGCUCUUCUUCACCCUUUUUCAGUACAAAUGUAGCAUUAUUUCCAUUAAAUCUUGAUGGCAAAACUGUAACGGAAAGUGACGUCAUAUAGAUGAUAUUGGAUAAUAAUGUUAUGAUUGUCACGAGUUGUUAGAUUUUGUUGACAUUUUCUUUUGAUUUGUAUAUCAAAAAAAAAAUGUAAAAAGUAUACUAAAUGGUUUCAGCAACCCAUUUUGAGAUUCAGAUUUUAUCACAAAUGUCAGGAUUUCUGCAGAAAUGUGCAGAUCAAAAAUUGUAUAAAAAACAAAGUUCUUAUUAUAUUUGUUAAAAUAUGAUCAUGCUAAGAUGAAAACUUUUAUUGCAGCUUUUUUUAGAAGCUUUAACUAUACUAUCGGUGUCAGAAAAGGAGCACUGAAAGUCAAAUAAGGCCACAUCCUAACAUUUUCAGUUAAAGAGUAUAAGACCUUCUUGCAUAAUCAUGAAUGGGGCACUCUUCUGUUUAUCAGUCAACAUGUUUUGUACCUUCCUAUUACAAGAGAUCAUUGAGAGACUCGAUUGGUUCAUCAUUUUUUCUACAGGGCACCUUUUUGAUGUAACAUUUUCUACAGGGUGCUUAUGUGUUUCCUCACUUUGCAUAUGAAUAGCUUACAUCCUACUUGAUAUGAUAAAAGUGUUGUCUCCUCUCCAUGGUGUCCCUCCCAUUGUUGAUGCAAAUAGUAUCUUAGUUUAAUUAAUCAUAUCAGAGGUUUGGAAUAAUGAUCAAACUGAUGACGGGUGUUCAGCUUUGUUUUGGAGGGGGCGUGGUGAAAGGGAGAUGUUCAGUUAAUAAUGCAUGAAUAUACUGUAUAUGUGUUGGGUGUUCCUGACUUUACUUCACAUCUUUUGAUCACUGGAGGUGAUGUCCCAGGUGAUCAAGUCCGGAAAUAUUUUGACAAAAGGAAAAGAAAAAAAAAAUAUUAAUCAAUUAGAUGGCCUUGAGACAAAUCUUUAAUUCUGUAUAGAACUGCAUUUUUUUAUCGACAGCAAUGCAAAUCAGAAUCGCUGAGGAUUUUGAAGCCUUUUGUAUCCUGGACUGUAGAAGUGUCCAACAAAGCACCUUAGUCUGCAGUCCUCAAGUGAAAAAAAACAAAACAAUCAUUUGUAUUGUGGACUGGACUUGUUGUUAUGUAAAUCCUGUUUAAUCAAAAGUACAAUUUGCUUGCAGAACUUCCCUGAUAGUGGUGGCUUUUAAGUGCCAACGUACCCCAUCACAUUAGGACUUCUGUGAGUUUUCUGGCACAGUAAAAUUUACCCAAAAACAACGAUGUAUUUCUAUAAAAAAACAUUCCACGGUGAGAGAAAAAGAGAAAACAGCACAUCACUGAUAGAUGUCACACUUUUUCUUCAUGCUUUACUGUCACAGACUUUUUUGGAGAUUUCGUUUCAUCUUACUUUGAAUGCAUCAUUUAGUAUUUCCAAAAGCUUGAGUUGAAUGUUGUUGAUAUUAAUUCUAUUCAAUAUAAAAGUGAUAUAUAUGUAUUGUUCUCAUAUGAUUCAGUUUAAUUUGGUUUAUUGUAGCACCCUCUUGCUGUACUGUAUCUUGACACUGGGAACUCUGUAGAUCAAAACUCCACUGCUGUCUGUUAAAUAGAUAAGAUAUACUAGUGCUUUCAUUUUGUUCUGGUGUAAUGAAAAAUAUUUUUGUUUGAAAACGGGAGUGAUUAUUCUAUUAGUAGUUUUUGUGUGUGAAGAGGUAACAUUUUUUUUUCUGUAAGGUUUUUUUUACAUUCAUCAGACAGCUUGGCAAGUAAGCAAUAAUGGGAUAAUUUCUCACCUUAUAAUUACCAAUAACGACAUAGUCCCAUUUGAUUUGCGUAGUAUCCAUUAAAAUUCUCAUGACCAAUUACAGGCAUGCAGCGGUUUAUAUACCAUUAUCUAAAAUGUAAUUGCUAAUUAGAGAGCACAUUAAGUAUUGAAAGCAGGGGGACCUACAGCCUCGACUCAGGUCACGCCUUGCACCAAAGUUAAUGGGACUGCUGUGAUGAUCACGUUUAAUGUGGACGAGAUUCGACUACAAAAAUGGCUCCCGGUAAAGACCAAGUCAUAACCAAUUCUGUGCUUUUAUUAUUAAGUUAAUUUGUUAAGAGCCCAAACAGUUCUGUUGCUGUUUAUCAGGUUGAUUUCUCACAGUGUGUGCAGUUCAUUUUGAAAAUGUGUUGUUUCUCCGUAAAUGUUUGGCACAAAAAUAAAGGUCACAAUCACA